AUGCAUAAACAUGACAUUGCUUCACCAGGAGCCUUCCAUCACAGCGGAAACGAUGCUUCCCCCAGCAUCGUUAUGACAGUGCUAUUUGUGCUGUUUUAUUUUCAGACUUUCUAUUUACAGUUCUUUCUCUCUGCUUUGAAACAGGUACUUUGCAAUGUUAAUCAAGUCGUACAAGCCACGGACGUGCUGGACUGGGAAGACAAGGAAGCUGCAGAGACACUGGUUGACAACGUGGUCCAUUCCAGGAUCAUCAAUCCUUUACGCCUGUUUGUUAAGCCAUCCCCAGUACUGAAACAUGGCCAGGUGUCCUACUCGGACAGCAUAGAAAACUUUUGGGAUUGGUUGUCCAACAUCACGGAGGUUCAGGAAUCUCUCGCACGAACUAAACGCAGACCUAUAGUAAAAACUGGGAAAUUCAAGAAAAUGUUUGGAUGGGGCGACUUCCACUCUAACAUCAAAACUGUAAAGCUGAACCUCCUGAUCACAGGGAAAAUCGUCGAUCAUGGCAAUGGGACCUUCAGCGUUUAUUUCCGACAUAACUCCACAGGUCUGGGAAAUGUUUCUGUAAGCCUGGUGCCGCCUUCCAAGGUGGUUGAGUUUGAAUCCUCUCCACAGUCAACACUGGAGACCAAGGAAUCCAAGUCCUUCAACUGCCGAAUUGAGUACGAAAAAACAGACCGUGCGAAAAAAACUGCCUUGUGUAAUUUUGACCCCUCGAAGAUCUGCUAUCAAGAGCAGACCCAAAGCCAUGUCUCCUGGUUGUGUUCCAAACCAUUUAAAGUUAUCUGCAUUUACAUUGCUUUUUAUAGCGUAGAUUACAAACUGGUGCAAAAGGUCUGUCCUGAUUAUAAUUACCAUAGUGAGACUCCGUACUUGUCCUCUGGCUGAUACAACCCUGGAUAACUGUAGAGAUACAGCAUCAGUCAUAAAAAUAAGCAUUUCCAUUAACCUUUUGGAGAAGAAUAUGUUUUCCUAUCAGGUUAAAAAGUCUUUAAAAACUGUAGCUGUGUUUGUGCUGUAUCGUAAAUAAUCCAACUAUUUAUGUAACAACCAUUUUCAUUUGAGACCAUUGCAUUUUAACUCUCUCGUCAUUAAGAAGGGAGCUACCAGGCAGACACAUGACAAAAAUCAAACAAAAUUAUGUCUGUAAUGAAAAUCGAUCUUGAAAAUCGUGGGUUUUUUUAAACUAGACUCAAUGGCAAAGAGAUUGUCUUUUACUUGAAUUGGACAGCACUUAGCAGGAUCCUAUUUCUCAUUGGGAACUUUAGAUGACAAUAUAAAGAACAAAUGAUGAAGUAGACUCCCAGCUGCUUAUAUACAAAAUCCAAAUAAACAGCUCUCCCACUAAUUUCAUAAAGAAUGUUGUGCACACUGGGCUCAAGGAAUCAAGUCGAAAUACUACAAGAAAGUGUUUUUUCUAGGAAAAAAAAAAAAAAAAAAGGAAAAAAGCAUCUGCAUUUCUAUGAGUUAUAGUAGUUGUACACAUUAAUUGAAGUGAAGAGUGAGUAGUUCUUCCUUCAGACUUCUUACCCGUGGAUAUGCAAUGAUGUAAUUAGACAUUGAUGAGCUUUAGUUUAUUAGACCCACCAGGUGUGCAGGUUUGGUGUACAUUUCUCCCUUCUGUGGUCACCAUUGGUUUUGAUUCUUCUCAAAUAUUUACAUAUACACCAGUACUAGUUUUACAGCGAUAGAGAACAUAUGUACCUCGGAAAAAGAUAAUCUCUGUUGAAGUCUGAAAAUGGUAAUGGGCUGGCUUCCAUGUAAAGGAAGCGAUUAUUUUGCUAUCUAGGCCUCUUAGCACUGUACUGCAGCAGGAAAAUACACCACAGCGAAGGACAAUACCUGAACAACAACAAGCUUUCUGCUUCACGGAACCCAGUUGUCUUCCUUACUACUGCAUCGCAUACCUUAAGUCAAAAUAUAAGCAAUGACAAAUAAAGAGAAUGACAAAAAUCUAUGCAUCUUUACCUCAUAAAGCAGAUUUCAAACAAUUGCUAUUAAUAUAAAAAUAUGCCAGACGUUCCCUUAGCACAGAGUAGCAUCACUCCACCACAGCUGGUUCCCCGAAGGGAGGGUCUGGCUGCGGUUUUGCUCAGCAGGACGGAGGCUGCUGCCGCAGUGGAUCGCGGGGAGCUCCAGCCACGCGGCCUCCAGCAUCAGCCCCUGCACUUUCCCUGGUUAUUGAUUUUGCUGCUGCUGCCAAUUUGUUGUCGUAGCUCUUUGCGACAGUUCGAUGUCCCAGGUCCUGUGGAAGAAGCUGGCUGAGGAAGCGCUUUUUAUUGCUCCAAUCAAACUUACGUGCGGGGUCCAAGAAGUUACAUACAGCUUAAAUAAAGUACUACUAAAAUACUCUGUUCAAGUGGUGUGGACUCAGACAAAUGACUAUGACAGCUCAGACACACUCGUGAGAUUAAUUCCGAUUUCCUUGGUAGAGUCUCAUACAAAAAAUUUAUUCUGUUAAAAAUAGACUACACGUAACUGGCUGCUUUGUUUUUCUCUUUAGGUGACAAAUUUAAAUGUGUUGCUUAGUUUGAUCAAUAAUCUAAAUGUUUUCCUUCAUCUGAUUUCAUACAGUCUCUCCUGGUCUAAAUGAUGUUUUUUAGUUUGUCUAUUACUGUUGAUUCCAACAAGAUGGUCUAUUUGUAUUCUGUAUAGCGUGUCCUCGUUCUGGCUGUAUAUAAGCCUGGAUUUAUUGCUAUGAGUUUGGUGGUUGGUGCUUUUGUAACUUAGCUGUAAGCCAUGAUUUUAUUGCCAUGUAUUUUUACUCAGCAUUGUAGGCAAUUAAAAAAAAACCACCUACAUGCUAUUUAUUGUAGAGGAUGUGGAAAUCAUGUAUGUAUAUACACUUAAAUAUGUGUACAUAUACAGAAUAUACGUGUACAUGUAUUUGUAUGUAAAUAAAGAGAGUUUGCUAAAUCUGG